GAAACAACCACCGCUGCGUCUCUCUCUCUCUCUCUCUCUCACCAUUUCCAGUUGUCCUUUCUAACAAGAAAAAUCUCACCAUAAACAAAACUGCUCAUCCAUUCCUACAAGGAACCUCUCACCUCUCCUCAUUUUACCAUUUCACCCUCCUUUUCUCUUUCUAAUUACUUUCAUUGCUACUCUUCUCCUCCUUUCUCUCUCUCUUUGUGUUCACUGUAAGUCUGUGAUCUCCACCUCUCACCUUAUUUCUCUCUCUAGAAAUUUCUCUUUCUAGAAAGGUCUUUCGGCUCCUUUUUGCAACAAUGGUGGCCUCUUCUCAGCUCACUUCAGCCUUUAUACUAUCUUCAACCUGAGCUUCAUCUCUCUCUAUUUCUUCUUCUCUGUCGUUUUUGGCUCUGUAAAGAGAAGUGAACGCGAAAUGCCGCCAUUGGAGUUGGAUUUAGAUCUAACUUUUCACUAAUUUUAUCUGUGGAAGGGAGCUUGUGGAUGAUAAAUUAGUAUUAUUAGGCGUUUUCUUGUGGUUUGAGGCGUGAGCAGGAAGUUAAGCUGGGUUUUAGGUUUUGUUUGUUUUUAUUGUUCGAUCUGUGAUUUGUUGUGACUGUUUUAUUUUUGUCUGAAGUGGAGAGAGAGCGAGGGGUUCAGAUUUGUGGAAAUGAAUCGUAGUUUUAGGGCUCAGGACACGCAAAUGCAAAUGGCAGCGGCGGCGGUGAAGCAACGACAACAGUUGAGAGCGUCAAUGAUGAAGGAGAAGGAAGAGGAGCUCGCGUUGUUUCUGGAAAUGAAGAAGCGCGAGAAGGAGCAGAAUAAUCUCCUCCUGAAUAAUAAUGAAGAGUUUGAUGCACCUUUAGGGUCGAAACCGGGUACUUCUCCUAUAUUUAAUAUUUCAUCUACCACCAUACCUGGGAGGAAAGCCGGUGGCGCUGAUGAUUUUCUCGAUUCUGAAAGUGAUAAAAAUGACUACGACUGUUAUGAUGGGGUGAGUAGAGGUUUCUAUUAUAGAACAAUGGAGCUGGACGUCAUACUUCGCAAAAAUAAAGCUUUUAUUUACUUUUAUCCUCCUUUGGUUUGUGGCCGUCAUGAAUGUAGAACAUUGGAAAGGCUUCUAACACCUCCUGGUACCCCUUUGUUUCCUUCUUUGGAGAUGGAAUCACAAAAGACUGUGAUGAGUCAGAGUGGUACUCCAAAGGCCCGCCCCACUGCCCUUAAAUCUAGACUAGCAAACCCUCAGCCAGAUCCUGCUGCAAGGGGCAACUUAGUAUCUAAACAAUCAGCUUCCUCCCCUGGGUUGAACUCUUCUGGUGCAGGGAUGCGCAGGCCUUCAUCAUCAGGUGGUCCAGGAUCACGACCUGCAACACCAACUGGGCGCCCUACGUUGACAACAACUUCUAAACCUUCUAGAUCUUCAACACCUACUUCUCGGACCACUUUGCCUUCAUCUAAGUCAGCAGCUUCUGCAACUAAGCCAAUUGUCUCUGCUGCUAAGCCAACUGUCUCUGCUGCUAAGCCCACUGCUUCUGCAACAAAGCCUACAAUUCCUACUAGAUCUUCAACACCAUCAAGAUCUACUGCAAGAUCUUCAACACCAACUACAAGGCCCUCUAUUCCUCCAUCCAAAUCCACAUCGAGGGCAUCAACCCCAACUCGACGGCCAUCCACUCCAUCAAGUACAUCAACUAUAUCUGCUUCUGUUAAGCCGACUCCUUCAGUUACCAAGACAAUGCCUACAACAUCAACUAUAUCUGCUCCUCGUGUUAAGUCAACUCCUUCAAUUACCAAGACAACACCCACAAUGGCAAGAAAUCCAGUGCCAUCACGCGGCACAUCUCCAACAGUGAAAUCUAGGCCAUGGAAACCUUCAGAGAUGCCUGGUUUUUCACUUGAUGCCCCACCAAAUUUGAGAACUUCACUACCCGAAAGACCACUUUCAGCCGCUAGAGGUAGGCCUGGAGCACCCAGUGCCAGAUCUUCCUCUAUUGAGCCUACUCCUAAUGGGAGACCAAGACGGCAGUCAUGCUCUCCUGCAAGAGGACGAGCCCCCAAUGGAUUUAUCCACGCAAGUGGGAGCUCUGUUCCUGCAAUUAGUCGUGGGCAUUCUAAAGUUAAUGACAAUGUGAGCCCUGUUCUAAUUGGAACUAAAAUGGUUGAAAGAGUGAUAAAUAUGCGAAAAUUGGCUCCUCCAAAGCAAGAUGAUAAACUCUCUCCUUAUGGUAACCUGUCUGGGAAGUCAUCAUCACCCGACAGCUCAGGCUUUGGAAGAACGCUUUCAAAGAAAUCAUUGGAUAUGGCUAUAAGACAUAUGGACAUAAGGCGAAGCAUUCCUGGUAAUUUAAGGCCUCUGAUGACUAACAUUCCAGCAUCUUCAAUGUAUAGUGUGAGAUCAGGGUCUACACGAAGCAGAACAGUUAGUGUGUCAGACUCUCCUCUGGCAACAAGCAGUAAUGCUAGUUCAGAAGUGAGUGUCAACAAUAAUGGUCUUUGUUUAGAUGGGAUCGAAUUAGAAGAUGAUGUUGGCAAUGAUAGAGGUGGUCGAUCUCCUCUACAAGGCAGGUAACAGUUGGAAACAAAUAUUCUUGAUGACUAAGGCUUUUUCUAAUCGCCUCAUGAAUUAUUUUGGGUUUUCAACCAGCUUGACAGCUGAAAGAGAAAACUACUUAUGGAAAGAGAAAAGAAAACUGACCAAAAUGUCUUGCGAUUGGUAAUGUAAAGUUUGUUAGAUUGCUUGGCAAUUAAGUUUUCUGUAAUCCAUGGUCUUUGUAUUAUUAGGGAAACCAUUUAUGAGUCCUACGGUUGUUCUUGCUCAUUUCCUACAAGGUGAGAUUUGAAUCAUACAGUUGUUCAUUUUCUACAAGGUGGGGUAUUCCGCACUCAAGUUGAGAAGCAAAAACCCUUGUUAUUGAAACCCCAGAGAUCAAUUCGCGUCUCAUCUUCAUUCUUUA